ACAGCAGCAGGUGGCUUUACGGCACUGUUAUUUAUUUAUUUGCUGUGCAGAAGAGCCGCUGCCCGAAACUUGAGGCUGCAGAUGUGCUGCCGAGGAUUAAGCGACAAAAGCGCGAACUGAUGGAAAACGAGGAACGGCAUGAAGGAGACUGACGACGGGGGGGCUGAGAAAGAUGAGCAGCGUAAGGAAGGUGAAGAGGAGGUUCCAAUGAGUCGUAGUUUCUCAGUGGAAGACCUCCUUGACGAGGUGGAGAAGAUCUGCUACGAUGCAUCAGGGACGUCAAAGGUGGAGAUGGUGGUGAGGCUGUGGAAGGACGGCUUUACCGUUAAUGAUGGAGACUUCCGCAGCUACUCCGUGCCAGAAAAUCAAGAUUUCCUGGAUGCCAUCAAAAGAGGGGAGCUUCCAGCAGAGUGGGAGAGCAGAGCAGAGGAAGAGGAGCUGGAGAUCAGCGUGGAGGACAUGACCGAGGAAAAUUAUGUCCCCAAGAAGAAGGCUUUUCACCCCUUUAGCGGGAGAGGAUACCGACUUGGCAGCGUCGCACCCCGAGUCGUGGCGCGGUCACCAUCUGUGCACGAGGACGGAGAAUCUCCUCCUAUCCCCAUGGUAACACUAGACCACUCCCUACCCGUCACCUCCCUGCAGAUCUGGUUGGCCGACGGCAGGAGACUGGUGCAGAGGUUUAACCUAUCGCAUAGAAUCUCUGACGUCCACGAUUUUGUGGCGCGCUGCCAGAGGAGCUGCCCGCCUUUCGUCCUGACGACGUCGCUUCCUUUCCGCGAGCUCAGCGACCAGGAACUGAGUCUGGAGGAGGCGGAUUUGGCCCACGCGGUCAUCGUGCAGAGACCCCUGAACCCACAGGCUCUGUUUGGACACUCCUGACCGACGCAGUCUGUCACCCCGCACGGCAUGCCACCUUCCCCUCCUUUCACAGACAUAUCAUCACCUUUACUUUUUUUUUUUAUAGCUGCCUUGAGGCUUCCUGCACCUUGAAGUGUUUUCUUGUUUUUUUUUCCCCUCUAUAAGCUAAAGGUGAUAUAGUCACCAGGUCAGUCAGAGAGUGCUGCUAAGGGGCUGUUUUGUUGAUUGUGUCUACUUCGUUCUGACCUUCUGGAGAAAGUUUACCUGACAAUAGAACUACAGAAACGCCGCAAACGUGGCGUCGCAUAUGCACGUUUUGAUAGAAAUUUGCAUCCACUCAUCAUAUGCCUGAACGCAUUCAUUUCGCUCUUUUAAUGAUUUAUUUGAACCAUUGUUUUUUGGGGGGGGCUGGGUGAACUGAUAAUCCAGCGUACAACUUGAAUUAUUCUUUUAAAACGAGAAUUGCUUGCACAAGUUUACAUUUGGCUUGGACUUACACACUAAGGCUGAAACAUAUCCGUACAGCCCAGUGAUGUUUUGGUUAAAUUUGCCUUUACAGAGAUCAGAGAAAGCAGAUGUUUGUUGCCGUCAACAGUCAUUGAAAUUGUACGACGCACAAUCGUUCUUCUCUGGAAAAACGAACAGUUCCAAUACACCAUUAAAAGCUCCAAAGUGAGUAUGGAUUUCCUCCAUCCCUAAUGACUGGAUGCUGAGCGCUCGCUCAGAACAGUCACCCUGUCCCCCCGUUGCUUCCCAGAUCCCUUACACAGCUACUAUCAAAGUCUUCCCAAACACUGAACACAACUCCUAUGCACUGUUAGCAGUUAGAAUAAGCAGCUGAUAGGUGGAGUUUACUGUUAUAUAUUUAUGAAGAUGUGACGUUUUGUUUUGCACAGUGAAGCUAUCUCAGCCUUGUUCUUCGGAUCAGGUUUUUAUAUGAUUUUAUUCUUUCUCUAAAUGUGAAAAGUCAUCAGUGUUUUAAUUGAGGUGUGUGCGGGAUGGGUGUGUGUGUGUGUGUCAGGAAUGUGAAAUCUACCGUUGUACUGGAUUGAAUGGCUGACAAACACAUCACAAAUUGUGUUGUUUUCUUUUCAAUGAUUUAAGCUGCUUAUAUUUCUUUUUUGACAUGGGACAAAACCAUGAGUCUGUUCUUUAUUCUUGGGCAAAGGCUUGAAUCCUACAAUAUUUUAAAAUGUGACUAUAUGUUUUUUUUCAUUGUGACGUUCUUCAUUUUAACUUGAUAAACUCUCACACAUUGCUGUGUCUGCCCAGAUUUUUCAUGACGUUGUCAAGAAAGCCAAGGUACAGAAUGAUUGCUUGACUGCAUUUUUAUUUCGAGGUGUGCCAAACUAUCCAUGCCUUACCUACAUGUGCUACACAGUGACGAAUAAGCAAGCCUGUACUAUUAAAAAAGGUAAUUCAAACUGUU